AUGGAGGCGCUGGCAGGUUUCACUGCUACGGCUGUAGAGGCUCUCGCCAAGGAGGGCUACUGCGUAGUACAGCUUCCUCUCAGUGAGGACAUGACCUCCGAGGCUGCUGUUGAAGUGAAGUGCGGUAGGUUUCGAUGGAAGCGACUGCGCCGCGAGUUUGAACCAGCAUAUGUGGGAAAGCAUCAGAAAUGCAAAACUGCAUGGCUCGAUGAGAUGGUCGAAGAGAAGCCAGAAAUGGACACUCCAAUUGAUCCACUGGACUUGUAUUUGGCUCGCUUUACACAGUUUCUGCUACCUGUGGCACCCUUUGCUUUGGACUUCAUGCCGCACAGCCGUACCUCUGGCAUGCUCCGGAUCCCUGCCACCUCAGAUCAGUUGACUGUGGCAGAAACCGUGAGCGAGGAAGACAUCGCCAAGGGCUUAGUGGAUGAGCACGUGGACUUCUUGAGGCGCCGAAAGCUCUGCAUGUUCCUCAUCGUGGAUGGAAGUGGCGGAGAGCUUUCUCUCUAUCCAAAGGAUGGAGAUCAAGUCACCUUGAGCGCCGAAGCGGGACGCCUCGUGAUCUUCCGCCACGAUCGAAUUAGCUACGCCUACCGCCCUGACUCAGAGGAGGAUUUGGUUCUACAGGGUUGGGUGCUGACGGCGCCAGCGCAAUUUCAGGUUGCGAUGACAGAAGGAGAUCAAAAGUCCAAAGAUGAAGCCUUCGGACUGGUUGCCGGGCCCAACACCCCAGAAGGGCGCAGGAUCUGCGUCUUCGGCGUGGGCGUAUCACUGCCAGCUGCUGCGCAAGAUUACCUAGCGCACUAUUGGUGUGGUAUUGCAGCUGGGACGGAUGGCUACGUCAAAGCCCCAAUUGAGCGCUUUGACAUCGAUCAAUACACAAGGACUGGAGAUGACUGGCAAAUUGGGUGGACCUACACCAUCCAUGGAGGAUAUUGCAAGGACAUUUUUAGCUUUGACAACGACUUCUUCAAUGUGCCAGAGCAGGAAGCCUGGCUUUUGGCUCCUGCGAAUAAGCAGCUCUUAGAGAGGAGCUACGAGGCCUUGUUCAACUCGGGCGUGUCAAGGAAAGAUGUCCACGGACGUCGCAUGGGUGUCUACAUCGGUCACUCCGGUGAUGACUGGAGCGUGGAUCCUAGGUUCACCUCUGGCGGUGAAGACAUGCACAAGUUUGGAUACCAGGCGAGGAAGUGGUCCUGCAUCGCAGGUCGUAUCGCAUAUAUCCUGGGCCUGAAGGGGCCCCAGGCAUUGCUCGACACUGCGUGCUCCUCCGCGCUAGUGGCCUACGGUGUAGGACACACCGCGCUACGGCGAAGCAUGCUGGAUCAGCCAAUGGCGGGCGCGAACUCCGACAUCUCCGAAGCGUUGAUGGGCGGGGCCAACCUCAUUCCAGGUCCCGGGAAUUACAUCAACCUCUGUGGACCUCAUAUGUUGUCUGUGGCUGGGCGAUGUUUCACCUUUGACAUGUCCGCGGAUGGCUUCGAACGCGGCGAGGGCUCUUCGUGCUUCUUUGCACGGAGUGAAGAAAGUGUGCCCAGAGAAGCAUUGGCCACGGUGAUCGGUGCUUGCUUGAACCAAGAUGGCAGGAGCGCCAGCAUGACGGCGCCCAAUGGCCCUUCGCAGCAGGAGUGCGUGCGCGGCUCCAUGCGCGAGGCGGGCUUGACGGCCAACCAGAUCACGUGCUCCGAGCUGCAUGGCACCGGUACCGCGCUGGGAGAUCCCAUCGAAGUGGGCGCCUUGAAGGGGGUCAUGCAGGACCGCAAAGCCCCAAUCAUGCAAACUUCGGCCAAGAGCCACAUUGGGCACCUGGAGGCGAAUGCUGGACAGGCUGGAAUCAUCAAGUGUAUGCUGAUGUGCAACAGCUGCGCCGGAACGCCGAAUUGCCACCUCUACAUCUUGAAUCCACAUCUGGACAUCAACGGCUAUCCCACCGUGUUCAACACCGAGCUUGCAGAGUAUGGUAACCAGUCCGGCUACUCCGGCGUCUCUUCCUUCGGCUUCGGCGGCGCCAACGCCCGCGCGGACGUGUUCGCGAUCGCCUCGAGGGGGCCCCGGAAGCCGGGCCAGGUGAAUCUGGAGAAGGUGGACUACGUGGUGGUCCAGUGCCCCAUCGAUGAGGGCCCGAUGCAUUACAUCGAUGGACGAGAAGUGCCCACUUCGGGGUCUCGGAUCUUCCGGAAUAGAGGCAGAUAUCGCUGCGACAACAUCCGCGAUGAGUUUGACAAUUAUGACUACAACAGCAGCCUCUACGAGGGGAAAUAUCAGAUGAGCCCGCCCGAAGAGGUUGCUUUGGACCGUCCAGAUGCCGGCAUGUGUAUCGUCGGCUCAUGGGAUUGCUUUAAGUCUGGCACAGAGAUGAUGUCCGAGGGAGACAGUUGGAGCUGUUUAGUGCAACUUGGUGAGACUCGAGUGGAGCGCUUCCACUUUAGCGUGCUGGGAGACGAGAAUUCGAUCAUCCAUCCCUGGGUCGAUCGUGGCUCAAUGAUGACACGAGUGGUAGGGCCUCAUGCUGAUGGCAAAGGAAAGUACUGGAUGAUCGAUGGCCGCGACGAGGAGGUUCCCGCGGGCAGCGUUUAUCGGGUCACCUUGCACUGGGGAGCGCGGCUUCGUGUGGCCUGGCAACGGGAGAUGUCCAUCCUCAGCAGGGGCAUCUCCACAAAAGAGCUGGUUGGAGCAGAGGCUCGCCACCGGUACUUCGUCCUUGGAACCUGGACCAGCUGGACGUGCUUCGAAAUGUCUCCCACGGAGCCCAAUUGCUUCGAGACCACGCUGCGCAUCGGCAUGUCCGGCAUGGAAUCCUUCCGCUUCCUGCGGGACCAGGAUGAAGAGCAAGCGAUUUACCCUGCCAAGAAUGCUUUGGACGCGGACGCCUCUCAAGUCUUCGUGCGUGGACCAGAUGAACUUUGCAAUGGCAAGAGCUGGCAGAUCACUGGGAAGUAUGGCCACUUGUCAGAUCACGACUUUCACGUGUUCCGUUGGUUAAAAUAUAUGAAGAAAUCAGGGAAUCCACCAUAG